CUCGGCGCGGGGAGUGUGCAGGGAGCCACGGGGAGGGGAAUGUGAUGUGGCUUUGUGUCGGUGCCCAACGAUGAACACACAGAAUCAGGCGGCUCUGCAUAUCUCCACAAAGGACCCAGAAGAUGACUUCGAGCUCCUCCAGAGGGUUGGUAGCGGCACGUAUGGGGAAGUGUUCAAGGCUCGGCAAAAACAUACUGGUCAGCUGGCAGCGGUGAAGAUCAUCAAGAUGGAACCUGAUGACGACUUUUCCGUUAUUCAGCAAGAGAUAUCCAUCGUGAAAUCCUGCAUGCACCAGAACAUUGUGGCAUAUCAUGGAAGCUACAUCAGGUCCAACAAGUUGUGGAUUUGUAUGGAGUUCUGUGGAGGUGGCUCACUACAGGAUAUUUACCACGUCACUGGCCCGCUGUCCGAGCUCCAGAUCGCCUACAUCAGCAGGGAAACGCUACAGGGUUUGGAAUAUUUACACAAUCAGGGGAAGAUACACCGAGAUAUUAAGGGCGCAAACAUUCUCAUCAAUGACAACGGCGAUGUGAAACUAGCUGAUUUUGGGAUUUCAGCACAAAUUACGGCCACGUUUGCCCGGAGAAUGUCCUUCAUCGGAACGCCGUAUUGGAUGGCUCCGGAGGUGGCCGCGGUGGAAGUGAAGGGCGGCUACAACGAGCUGUGUGACAUCUGGGCGGUGGGCAUCACGGCCAUUGAGCUGGCGGAGCUGCAGCCCCCCAUGUUCGACGUUCACCCCCUCAGGGUUCUCUUCCUCAUGUCCAAAAGUGGUUACCAGCCUCCCAAGUUAAAGGAUAAAGCCAAGUGGAGCUCAGCGUUCCACAACUUUGCGAAGGUGACCUUAAUAAAGAACCCAAAGAAGAGGCCGGCAGCGAGUAAGAUGCUGACGCACCAGUUUGUGUCACAGUCGGGCCUGAGCCGUGCCUUGGUGCACGAGCUGAUCGACAAGCUUCGUAACCCAGAGAAGCACUCCAGCCUGGGGGAGGUGGACGAGGAUGAGACGGAGAUUGAGCCUCCGCCCACAGUCCCCCGCAGGAUUCAGUCGACCAACCGGCAGCAACAAGCGGUCAGGACCAGCUCGGAGAUAAUGCUUCACAAUGUCCAGUAUGAAGAGGCCUUGCGGAGGGAGGAGGUCUUGCAGAGCAAGGACCAAUGUCAGGAGCACAUCCCUGGAUAUUCACAGCCUGCAUCCAGUCCUCGGAGACGGAUAGGGAGGGAGAAAUCGGAUUCGGACGACGACUAUGAUGAUAUCGCCGUACUGACGAGGACCCUGCAAGCAGACUGCCCCCCACCUCUGCCACCCAAGCCCAAGUUCCGGACCAGCUCUGAGGAGAGCCUGCCGGAGGAGGAGAAGGUUUCCACGGUGAUUCGCCGGCCCGCGUGCCGGGUGCUACGGGCCUCGCUGGUCCGCUGCUCCAGCGGCCCUCUGGAAGCUUCUAGAAAGCCGGUGGCGGGACACUCCAGGAGCCCAGUCCACACCGCCAUCAAUGUCAGCAGCUCAGAUCCCAGCCAGUGGACGAGCCAUCUUCCCAGGGACACCGGAGAAACUCCACCACUGCUGCCACGGAGGAAGGAGAGGAAGGAGAGACUGGUCCCACCUGAAGCUGAAGCGCCAGUGGUCCAGAAGGUGCAGGUGGAGGUCCCAUUACAGAAAGUGUUCAACGGCUGUCCUUUGAAGAUUCAUUGUGUGACAGUGUGGACGCAUGCCAACACAGGAGCCCAGCACCUGAUACUGGGGUCGGAGGAAGGGAUUUACUCCCUGAAUCUCAAUGAACUGCAGGAGGCUACAUUAGAACUGCUCUAUCCAGGACGAUGCAUUUGGGUUUACAUAGUCAGCAAUGUAUUAAUCAGCAUCUCAGGGAAAGCUCUACAGUUACACUCACACAGCUUGUUGGGGCUGUACGAACAGGCCAAGAAGGAACAGAGGUCCAUGGUCCACAUUACAACACAUCGAUUACUACUACCCAGGAGGAAUGUAACAUCCAGUAAGAUUCCAGACACCAAGGGCUGCAGGAAGUGUUCUGUAGUGCGGACCUCGUCGACAGGAUGCUACUACCUGUGUGGGGCGCUGGAGUCCAGCAUCGUUCUCUUGCAGUGGUACGAGCCCAUGCAGAAAUUCAUGCUGAUUAAGCAUUUUGACUUCCCGCUGCCCAACCCGCUGCGGAUGUUCGAAGCACUGGUGGUCCCGGAGCAGGAAUAUCCCAUCGUGUGCAUUGGGAUCAGCACCAGGUGUUCCUCCGACAAGGUGCUGGAGUUCCAGACCAUCAACCUCAACUCUGCCUCUUCCUGGUUCACCGACCUGGGGACAGCAGGUCAGCCGCAGGAGUUUACCCACGCCAGCCAGCUGGACAACGAGACGGUGUUGGUGUGUAUCGGCCAAAAUAUAAAAAUUGUAAAUAUUCGAGGGAACCUGAAGACAAGUAAGGAUCUAAUCUCGGAGGUGACGUUUGAUAAUCCUAUGGAAUCUGUGGUCUGCUUCUCCGACAGCAUCCUGGGCUUUUGGAGACACGGAAUGCAACGGAAGAGUUUCAGGAACUGUGAGAUUUAUGAGCAGAAAACUGAAACCAGCCGCUUAUACCGUCUUUUGGGAGCUGACAGUUGCAGGCUGGUUGUCUAUGAGACCAAGCCGACCGACGAGCCCACUUCCCACAGCAACCUGUACACCAUGAAGGUGCCGGAGAACCCUUUCACGGACUGAGUUGCUGCCCGCUCGGACGGAGACUCCGCCAGGGAGGGUGACCAUGACCUGGGCACAACGGGACUGCUGCCAGUUGGUGGGUGGUGGUGGUGUGCCGGAUAUAUCAAGGUGCAGAGCCAUUCUCGUCGUCAUUACGUGGGUGGAAACGUUGGCGAUUAUUAAAUCACCAUCGGAACGAUCGCUGUCGGUAUUUGUGUGACUACAUUUACAAAACCAGAAAUGUGUAAAGUUUCAGUGAGAAUCGAAUGAAAUCGUAAGUGGUAUAAAUAAAGAAAUAUAUUU